UAUUAAUUAUAUGGUUUUAAAUUGAAAUAAUUGUAUGAACCCUUCACGUUGAUCACUUAAAGGUAGCUUGUAAACAAAAAUAAGAAUUUUUAUAACUUUUUCGAUUUCUGAUCAUAUUGCAACCCUACCGGUAUACUCCUUGUUUAAAUUACGCAAUUUGUUUUAUUUGUUAAAUGAAAAACUAGUUAGUACUAAAAGUAUAUAUAAAGCUGGAAGAUCUAAUUGCGUGUAAAAUUAAAACUAAUAAUCGAACCAAAAUUCUUCACUAAAGAUAUAUAAUCGAUGUGAAAUACAAUAUCACUAUUACUAUUACACAUUUAUUAGCACUCUUCUUUUACCACAAAUUUUUGGCUCUGCGUGAAUUACUCUGAUAUUGAUUAGAUAUGUUAUUAAAAUUUUAAACGUGUCAAUGCAUCCAUUUUAAUGUAGUUGUCAAUGCGAUCAUUGAUCCGAUUUUUAUAUAAAAAUUGUUUUUCUGAAUGGGCUAAAAGGACUGUAACUCAUAAAAUAUGUACUCAGUUUGGACCAUGUGCGUCCAUACGGAUGUAAGUGCACAGUAUCGUGCCACGUAGUUGCAACAGAGCACGACAAUUUCUAAUUCUGCUAGCAUGUCAUUUGCAAUCUAUUCCAAUAUAUUUAUAUAUAUUCGUAAGCUAAAAUUAGCUGAAAUGCAUUUGCAUCGUGCUAAUGAAUAAGAUCACACACAUUCAAUACUUAUCUGCUGAAAUCAAUCUAACUGCGUAAAGAUGGGCAAGGAAAAGACGCACAUCAACAUCGUUGUGAUCGGUCACGUGGACUCCGGCAAGUCCACUACUACCGGCCAUCUGAUUUACAAGUGUGGUGGUAUCGAUAAGCGUACUAUCGAGAAGUUUGAGAAGGAGGCGCAGGAGAUGGGCAAGGGCUCGUUCAAGUACGCCUGGGUGCUGGACAAGCUAAAGGCGGAGCGCGAACGUGGUAUCACCAUUGAUAUCGCCCUGUGGAAGUUCGAGACUGCCAAGUACUACGUUACCAUCAUCGACGCCCCUGGCCAUAGAGACUUCAUCAAGAACAUGAUCACUGGAACCUCGCAGGCGGACUGCGCCGUGCUGAUAGUUGCGGCUGGUACGGGUGAGUUCGAGGCCGGCAUCAGUAAGAACGGUCAGACCCGCGAGCACGCGCUGUUAGCUUUUACCCUGGGGGUGAAGCAACUGAUCGUGGGCGUCAACAAGAUGGACUCCACCGAGCCGCCGUACCAUGAGGCGAGAUACGAGGAGAUCAAGAAGGAAGUGUCCUCUUACAUCAAGAAGAUCGGGUACAACCCGGCGACCGUGGCGUUCGUGCCCAUCUCGGGCUGGCACGGAGAUAACAUGUUGGAGCCUUCGGACAAGAUGCCCUGGUUCAAGGGGUGGACCAUUGACCGCAAGGACGGGAAAGUGGAGGGCAAGUGCCUCAUUGAGGCCCUGGACGCUAUCCAGCCUCCGUCUCGUCCCACCGAGAAGCCGCUGCGUCUUCCUCUGCAGGACGUGUACAAGAUCGGAGGCAUCGGGACAGUGCCCGUAGGACGAGUCGAGACCGGCAUCCUGAAACCCGGCAUGGUGGUUGUGUUCGCGCCCGCGGCCAUCACCACCGAGGUGAAGUCUGUGGAGAUGCACCACGAGGCCUUGCAGGAGGCGAUGCCUGGAGACAACGUGGGCUUCAACGUGAAGAACGUAUCGGUGAAGGAGUUGCGUCGCGGCUACGUGGCCGGUGACUCCAAGAACUGCCCGCCCAAGGGGGCUUCGGACUUCACCGCCCAGGUGAUCGUGUUGAACCACCCGGGGCAGAUCAGCAACGGCUAUACCCCGGUGCUGGACUGUCACACCGCUCACAUCGCCUGCAAGUUCGCUGAGAUCAAGGAGAAGUGCGACCGUCGUACUGGCAAGACGACCGAGGUGGAGCCGAAGUCCAUCAAGUCCGGCGACGCGGCCAUCGUCACCCUGGUGCCGACCAAGGCGCUGUGUGUGGAGUCGUUCCAGGAGUUCCCGCCGCUGGGACGCUUCGCCGUCCGGGACAUGCGUCAGACGGUUGCCGUUGGAGUCAUCAAGAGCGUGACCUUCAAGGAGGUGACUACGGGCAAAAUCACCAAGGCCGCCGAGAAGGCCCAGAAGAAAAAAUAACUAUGGGGCUCUUCAAGUACUAGCCCGCAGCGUCCGACCCACCCCCGCAGCGCUGCGGCUCCCCCUUCCCCCUUCCCCGGCGGCCGCGCCGUCCCCCCCCGGUCUCCCCCGCGGCCCCCCAGCCCGAUCGCCUACGGCGUCCCCAUUCCCAACGUAGAGUCAGUGUCCCCCCCCAAUCGGAGCUUCUUCGCUGGUGACAUCGACCCCGGACCCACCUCGUGCAUUUAUCUCAACAAGAUACUCAAGUUUUUUCGUCUUAGUUACGUUUACUUUAUAGGUUUAUGUCUUUGUGAUUAUUUUAGAGGUAAGUUACUGGAGAAGUUUGAGUUGCCGUACUUGUUGUCGCGGUUCGUUUUAUUUUUCCAUCGCAAGGAGUUCAGGAGGAAAGACGACGGCGGCGAAUUUAAAAUUGAACUUUUAAGCCUUUUAGAAGUUUUGUUGUAUGAGACUCUGCUCCUGUACGCCAUCAUAACUAAAUUGCUUAAGAUCGUACUGAACAUCUCGUCCUUGUUUCUGUUAGAUUGGUCGGUGAGUUUUUUAUGUAAUUUAGUUAUGUCUAAUUUCUAAGUAUAACGUAUCAUUAUUUUUAUGAAUUGUAACGUCUUGUGUAACUUCUGAUAGCUCUUUUGUGUACAUUGUGAACUGAUUUUAGAUUAUACGAUUCAUAACAUUGUAGAUGAAAAAAAUAAGUUAUUUUCAUAAGAUUGAUGAAGUGUAAGUACUUAAGUAGGUGAUAAACAUCAGAGUGUAGGAAAUCGGAGCGGCCGUUUGUGAAGCGGCCGCCGGUAGUUGAAUUUAGAAGUACGUACGUUUAAAACAAUAAAAAGCGUUAAGAACGUUUUGGUAGAAAUUUGUGGACUUUGUGAAAGGUAACAAUUUCUGUUCCUGUAGUUCCUGUUGAAACUUGACUCUGAUAUUUUAUGACUAAGUUGCCUGGCAAAGGUUUAAAAAUUCAAUUUAAAUUUCCAAUAUUUUAGAAAUUACUAGGUACGGAGAAAACUCGAAUGUUAUAAAGCUAAUUGUAUCUUUGUAAUUUUUUCAAUAAUUUUUGUAAAGACCUUGAUCCUGAUAAACCAAUAAAGAAGCUACUGGUA